UUCCAGCCGAGGAGGGACUGCUUUCCGGCAACUGAAACCAUGGGCAUGCUGCUAAACCAAGACACCGCCGUAGACCCGUAGUACCCGCUGGUACGGCGUUCAUCGCUUUAAUCCGCCGCCAAUGCGUUACUACAGGGCAUGCGGGAACAGAACAGACGCAUACACAGUGCUACACUAACAGCGCCUUUAAGUUGCUGCUUCAUCUCUUCUCCUUCUUCAAAAGCUUCGUCUUGUCCACCGAUGGAUGCGCUUCCCUGCUCCACAGACCACAGCCACGCAUGACGCAACCAUGACUCCAUGAGGAGGGCUGAGCAAGCGGGCACGCACGCACGCUUCAGGACCUACCGCCAUAAAUAUCCUUGCUAUUUGGUGACUGCAGAAGGAUUCGGUGAGGAAUCUCGUCAUGCAGACUUCAAAACCAAGCUCUCUUUGCAGGAGUGGGUCUUCAGAUGCCCCGCAGAGGACUUCUCCAAGGACACCGCGGGCAUCUCGUGUGGCCAAAACCGGAGGGAAUGAAACCGAUUCUACAGGAGUUACCCCGACAAGAACGCCUACGGAGAGGAGCCCUAAGGUUACUGAGAGGCGGUCUCCACGGAGCCCAAUUACUGAGGUAAAGAAGCGCCCAAGCAGGCUAUCGGAACUGGAGUCCAAGGUCAGCCAGCUGCAAGAUGAACUGAAGAAGGCCAAGGAGCAACUUAGCUCGUCAGAGGCACGGAGGCGCCAUGCGCAGCAGGAAGCCGAGGAAGCAAAGACGCAAGAGCAGGCUGCAGCCGCCUCGAAGCUGGAGGAGUUGCAGCGCCAGCUUGACGAGUUCUCAGCUGCGGAGGAAUCCCGUCUCCAGGAACUGCGCAAGAUCUCGCAGGAACGUGACCGUGCCUGGGAGUCGGAACUCGAGGCAGUGCAGAGGCAGAAAUCAGCGGACGCAGCCGCGCUCGGCUCGGCCAUGUCCGAGAUCCAGCGGCUGAAGCAGCAGCUGGAAGCUUCAGCAGAGUCUGACGCGGCCCGCGCGAAGCAGUGCGAGUACGUGGAAGCUGAGAUCGAGGGCUUGAAGCAGGAGAUGGAGAUCCGCCUAGCGACCAUUGAGGGCCUGAAGGUGAAUGUCAGCGAGAGUGACAGGGCUGCGGCUGAGGCAAAUGCCACGGUAAAUGAGACCAAGCAGCAGCUGGAGACAGCGAAGGCCACCAUUGACUCACUUGUAGCUGAGGGCGUCCGCAUGCAGGAAUGCCUGAGGUCGAAGGACAUGGAGCUCAAUGAGUCCAAGGCUCUCGUGGCAUCGCUCCAGGAAGAUAUGAAGAAGUCACAUGACACGGACAAUGCCAAGGCCAAGGCCAAUACUGAUGUCCGCUCUGAGACUGAGGCUCUGCAGAAGGUGCUGGUGACCACAAGUGCCGCCGACGCCAAUGGGAGCUGUGGAAGCUAUGACCCAGAGAUCGAACAGUUGCGGACUGCUCUUGAGGUCGCUGAGAUCAGGUACCAGGAGCAGCAAACUCGGAUGACUAUCGAGACUGGAGGCUUGUACGAGACAUUGGAGAGUGUGAGGGCCGAGUGCGCCCGCGAACUGUGCGAGCUCAGGCUGGAGCUGAAGAACAAGAACGAUGCACUCAUGGAGGCAAUGGCAGGAGCCGCCGCAGAUCCUCACAGGCCAGACGCGAUGCAGCAGCCGGAGCUGGAGGCGAAGCUGAUGAGGUCCAUCACCGACGCGGCGGAGCUGAAGGCAUGCCUGAUGGACAAGGAGAACGCGCUGCAGAGCCUGGCGGAGGAGAACGAGGCGCUGAAGGCGGGGGCGGGCAGGGCGGAGGCGGAGCUGCGGCGCAAGUACGAGGCGGCGGUGGCGGAGCUGGAGCUGGCCAAGGCCGCGGAGCAGGACGUGCGGAUGCGGCUGGGGCUGGUGACGGACGAGGCGGACAGGAGCAGCCGGCGCGCUGCGCGGGCGUCGGAGCAGCUGGACGCGGCCCAGGCGGCCGGCGCGGAGAUGGAGGCGGAGCUGCGGCGCCUGCGCGUGCAGUCCGACCAGUGGCGCAAGGCCGCGGAGGCGGCUGCAGCCGCGCUCGGUGGGGGUGGGGGGAAGGACGGCAACGGCGGCACGGUGGAGAGGACCGGGUCGCUGGGGCCCGAGUACGGCAGCUCCAUCGGCGGGAAGCUGAUGAGCUCGCCAUUCUCGGACGACGUGGACGAGGAGUCACCCAAGCGGCGCAACGGCGGCGGCGGCGGCGGCGGCGGCGUGCUGCGCAGGAUGAGCGGGCUCUGGAAGAAGAGCCCCAAGUGAGUGAGACUGAGAUGGGGUGGACGGGGUCCGGGAUAGCCGUAGGUGCGAGGUGAUGCAAUAGCAGCAGUAUGAGUAGGAGGGAUACUGGUGAAUGCUGCAGGGAAGACGACGACGCUCUUUCUGGACAAGACACGGAGACACAGCUCUAGUCUAGGUGGUAGGAAGCAUGAUCGUCUCUGUCUGAUAACAUUUGGCUGGUACUUGAGUGAACCUCGUGUCGAGGAGCAGCUGCUUUUGGCUGCCUGUUCUGUACCUUACUAUGCUUCAUUCAGUCAAAAAAAUUCCCACAUGUGACAUGUUCUUGGUUCUUUUUUC